AUAUAAGUUGGUUGUUUUGUUCCAGCGUGCACGAGCCGCAUAUUCACCCAGCAGGUGAUGCGGCUGGCGACGCAGCCUGCGCUUGCGCACCGCACCGUCGCCUCCACGCUGCCCGUCAGGUCGCUCGCCAUCAAAGACGCCAAACUGACGCCGAUUCUAAAUGCUGUGCGUUCCCUCCGCUCGAGCGCCGUGCGCAUGUCCGCCGAGAAGGGCCACGACCACUCCAAGCUGUGGGUGGUGGAGAGAGCCGUCUCCGCAGCGCUGAUACCGCUCAUACCGAUCGCUCUGCUCAUCCCGAACAAGCUGUUCGACUCGCUGAUGGCGAUACUCAUCACGGCGCAUUCGUUCUGGGGCCUUGAGGCGAUAGCAGUAGACUACGUUCGAGCAAGCUUAUUCGGUCCCGUAAUCCCAAAAAUUGCCAUCGGUCUCGUGUACCUCCUCUCUUUCGCGACCCUGGGCGGCCUCUUCUACAUCAUCACUCACGACAUCGGCCUCGCAAACUCCAUCAGACAGUUCUGGUCCGUCAAGUCGGAACAGAAAGCGUAAACGAUUAUGGUUUAGGUCACAUUCUUAGAAUAAUCUGGUUGUAAGGGUUGAUUUCGAAAAGUACGGCCAAAAGGCUUUAAAGUUUGUGAUAUGUUUGAGAAAUUAAGACGUAUGGCGGCGUAGAGGGUGUAUGGGGGGGAAUGACGCACGCAAAGCGUACGUAGAUGUUGCUCGGUGCUUCACGAAUGGAUGUGUGAGGCUGUCUCGUGGGGAAUGGCCUCGCUGGAGACAACGCGAGGCACCCAAAUGGUCUAGAAAUUGCCUCGCGAGGCUUGUUUCUUACAUCUAGUUAUACAGUAGAGUGAACGCCACCGCCCGAGCGCCGCCAUAUUCCAAUCUGACAUACGUUACCGAAAUGCUUUAUUAGAUAAAAAUUAUAUUAUAUAGAUAGUGUGACCAAUCUAUAAUCAAAAUAUCAAAAUUCAGAGUAUAUGGAGUACUUAAGGGUUGCAAAGCACAAUAAAGUUGACAUUUGGUAUCACAAAAAGUAUUAAAUAGUUUUUGUUGUUUUUAAAACGCCGUUUCGUAUCGUUCAUUAUAAGUGCUGUGAGCGUACAUGUAUGAAAUUUGUGGUUAAUUUAUUAUUAGAAAUAAACAGUUGAUAUGUUAAA